AUGUCAGACCAAGAGUAUUAUAAAGAUUUUAGUAAUAAAAUUAUUAAAGAAAGAAAAAAGAAUAUUGAAAAUGAUGAAUCAAAAGUGAUUUAUUUUACAUUAGCAGGUAGUCAUUCAUUUAAUUUAAAUGUUGAAAGUAGUGAUAAGGAUUAUUUUGGUGUUUAUUGUUCAGAUAUUGAUGAUAUAUUAGUUGGUGAUAUUAAACAACCAAUUAUUGAUAGUCAUGAACCAGAUGAUUAUAUUUUAUUUGAAGUUGAAAGAUUUUGUGAACUUUUAUAUAAAGGUAAUCCAAAAUUGAUAGAACCAAUGUUUACCACAAGAUUUUGUUACAAAUCACCAAUUUGGGAACAACUUUUCUUAAAUAGAAAAGAAUUAAUUAGUCAAUCUGCAAUUCAACAUUAUUUAAGUUAUAGUAAAUCUCAAAUGGGUGAUGCAUCAAAAUUAAUCUUUAAAAACGGCUCACCAAUUUCAAUUGAAUGUGGUGGGUCAGAACAAGAGGAAGAAGAUAAAAAGAAAUUACUAUUAUCAAUGAUUAAUAGUAAUCAUAGUUAUUGUAAAAAGUUAUAUCAUACCUAUAGAUUGCUAUUGGACACUAAAAGAAUGUUGGAAUUGGGUGAACCAAUGGUAUAUUUACAAGGUGAAGAAAGGGAGAAAAUUAUGAAAAUUCGUAUGGGUGAAGAGGAUUUAACUGCAACUUUAGCAGAGAUUCAACAAUUAUUCAAUCAAUGUUAUACAAGAUUUCAAGAGGUUAAAGAAAAGAAAUUAAUUCAAGAGAAUUUAAAUAUUAAAGUUUUAAAUGACUGGUUAAUUAAAGUUAGAAAACAAUCUUAUCUCCAAAAGGAGGCAUCGUCACUUGGUAUAACAAGUGGAAAAUAUACAGAUGCUGAUUUUGAAAUCAGCGAUAUUAAAUCAUAUAAUCUUUUGAAAGUUUAUAACCAUUUUCAAUCACUAUUAACAAAACAUAAAUUGGAGGGUGCUAGAAUUUUAAUGAUAAAAAGAUCAGGUUCAGUAUCUCAUAAUCUUAAACAUGAGAAUGAGGAAUCCUUCGACGAAGAAAAUGGCGUUGAGAAAAAGGAGGAUUGGAUCGGUGUAUAUGUAGCACCAACUGAGUCAAUAUUUUCAUUAUAUCCACCACCAAGACGUAUAGAUUCCACAACAGUGCUUUGCACAAGUUCAAAAAUUGAAGAACCCGAGGACAACACAAAUCAAAGGGACACUUAUUUAAGUGGUAUUCAAUUAUUUGAAUUGGGUUAUUUCAUUCAAUUGUUAUCAUCUGGUAAUCAUCGUGUUGUUGAAUGUUUUUAUGAUAAGAAUUCCGCUAGUGAUUUGGUUGAAACUAAAAUUUGGAAAGAUAUUAAAAACCUGGAAGUAAAUUCAAACUUUUUAUCAAUCAAUUUAAUUCAUCAUUGUUGGGGUGUUUCUAAAGGGUUGGUUGAAAAACUUCAAAGAUCUCCUUCAUUCUCACCUUCAACUCCAUUAUCUCCAAAUACUUCAAAUGUAAUUCCACUCUCUGAAAAACGUAAAUCGCUUUAUCAUGCUCAAAGAUUAAUCAAUAGAGCAGAGGAGAUUUUAGAUAAAAAAAAUUUCACUGUCUAUCUUGAUGAAGAUGAUGAUUCAACUGAAAGAAAUCUACUCUUAAGAAUUAAAAACUCUUCAGAUUUCAAUUCUGAUCAAUUAGUAUCUCUCACAACAAGUUGUCUCAAUCAAAUUAAAUCUGUAAAUGAUAAAAUUCAAAAACUUUCAAAUAUUUCUUCUGCUGAUAAAAAAUUAAAUGAAUUAUCAAUUAAACAAUCUUUAAAAACAAUUUUAAUUAAAAUUAGAAAAUCAAUGAUUAAAAUCAUUGUAUAA